GUGAACCUGAAGGGAAUAGAAGUCAAGGUCUAAGUGUUGGUCGCAUCCACCAUUUCCUCUAGAACACCCUAGUUUUUGUUAAUAUAAUUCAGUAGGAAAAUUGACGGUAGCAUUUUGCGUCCUUUUACUACUUAGUUCAGGAUAAAUUACAUCUGGGUUAAGACAAUGUUGUUGUGCCUUAAACCGCAAGUGGCCACUUACGUAAAGUGCCUUUAUCGUUAUCGAUUGGCCGUUAUUAAUAAGAAUGCCAACAAAUUUCGAUUAUUUUCCAAGUGUUUUAUAUAAGUUGGAUAACAAACGACGUGCUAUAUAAAGGGGCGAGCCAAAGUAGACGCAUUUUCGCGGGUUGAAUUCCGCAUCAACAUGAAGUUUUUCGUAGCUUUGCUCGCUUUGGCUACUAGCGUUGCUGGACAAUCAUCGCCGGAAAUUAUCCCAAUUCCUGACGGAUUAUCGGGAGAUGGCGUGACGACGCGCUACUGGGAUUGCUGUAAACCUUCUUGCGGCUGGUCUUAUGAGACUCAUGAAACUGUGGCAGUGGAAACGUGCGCCAUUGAUGGGGUCACUCCUGUCGACGAUAAUCAGCAGUCGGGAUGUGACGACGAUGGUACAGGAACGGCUUUCACAUGCAGUAACAACCAGCCAUGGGUAGUGAAUUCCACAUUGUCCUACGGAUUCGUCGCUGCCUCCUUCACAGGCGGCGUGGAUGUGUCGCACUGUUGUCACUGCGUGUUGCUGAACUUCCAAGGCGACCUGGCAGGCAAGUCCCUGCUGGCUCUCAUCACCAACACUGGUGAACCUCUGGCGACCAAUCAGUUCGACAUCGAAAUCCCGGGCGGCGGGGUGGGCAUCUACCCCUACGGCUGUUACAAGCAAUGGGGCGCCGAUCCAGAGAGUGGCUGGGGUGAACAAUACGGAGGAGUUGCUACACGAGAGGAGUGCUCCCAAUUGCCUGAAGACUUGCGCGAAGGGUGCACCUGGCGUUGGGACUACAUGGAGGGCGUUGCCAACCCUGCCGUCACUUUCUACCAGGUGCAGUGUCCACAAGAGCUGCUGAAUAUUGCAAAAUGUGUGCGCGACGACGAAUAAACAAACCUAGUUUUUUGCCCAAAAAAUAAAUGAUUGCCAUUUGAA